CAUGGUCAGUCCCUGAACUAGUGUCCUCCCGGACUGGGGAGUGCAGCGCGGGGCGGGGACUCGCAGAGAGGAGAACAGCGCAUCAACCCCAGCGGGAGGCGCGCAGGUCUCGGGAUGCGGAAGGCGGGCAGGCGCCGCGCUCCUCUCCGCCCCCACGAGCAAGACGGUCACGUGCAGCGGAGGGGCUGACCUCCGCGGGCGGGCCUGGGAGGGGCGCCGCGCAGGUGGUUCAGGGUCGCCCGAGGCUAGGCGCGAGGCGGGCGCUUGCGCAGCGCGGGGCGGAGUGCGAGCCGGGGCCGGAACCGCCGCGGGUCGGGAAGGGCGGGGAGGAGCCUGGGAGCGCGCCGGCCGCCGCAUGGGGAGGGGCGGGGCGGAGCCGCGGCGCGCGCGCCCGUCGGAGGGGGCGGGACAGAGCAGCCAUUGGGCGCGCUCAGGUUGGCCGCUGGGAGCGUGGGGCGAGCGUGGACCGCGGCGCGGCGGUGCGAUUCUUUUCCCGGCCCUUCUCCCCGCCCCAGGCGAGGGCACCGUGUGGCGGCGGCGGCGGCGGGGCCAGCGAGGCCGGAGGAGGCGGCUGUGCCCGGGCAUGGUGGUCUGGGGCAACGCGGAAGAAUCCUGUUUUGGUGGUGCAGCUCUUGGGAUCAGUGCUCUGAGCACCCAGCAGAAGAGGCUCUGAAUGCUUCGGGCUCAGUUAGUCAAGCACCGUGAGCUGCAACAGGGAACAUACAGACAGGAGGCCAGGUGCGCUGAAUCGACAGUCCUGAGUUUUGAAGUUUUCCUGGAGGGGACGUGAGGGGAUUUCUCCAGGAUCGAUGGAACUCCUUUUGUGGUGCUUCAGUGCUUCCACCAUGAAGCGCUCAUUUCCCUAUGCACGUCCCCCCGCCCCACCCCACUGUUUCCUUCACUCUCUCUCCUCCCACCCCCAAUUCCCAGAAGAAGAUCUAGGAAUCAGGUCCAAACAUAAGAUCUUUGGAGAAUCC